AUGGCUGCAUGCUCCUUUAAUAUGAUGUUUACUUAUGUCUACGCUGGAAGGGAAGGAACAGCCAAUGACUCUCGAGUGCUUCUUGAUGCAAUUAGAAAAGACGAUAACUUUCCCAUGCCACCACCAGGUAAAUACUAUGUUGUUGAUUCUGGCUAUCCAAAUAUGCCUGGGUUUCUAGCACCAUAUCGUGGUGAACGUUAUCACUUGCGUCGCUUUAGAGGAAGAGGGAACCAUCCUAGAGGUGCGAUGGAGUUAUUCAAUUAUAGGCACUCAUCAUUGCGCAAUGUGAUUGAACGUUGUUUUGGACUUCUUAAAGCCAGGUUUCCCAUUUUGAAGUCAAUGCCUCCAUACUUGCUUGGAAAGCAACGUCGAAUACCAAUAGCAUGUUGCACUAUCCACAACUGGAUCAAAAUGCAUUCUAUUAAUGAUAGAAUGUUUGAACAAUAUUCAGUUGAUGCUACACCUGUUGAAGAUAUUGAAGGAACUGAAAGCCAAUCUAAUACAACAAUAGAAAACCAACAAGAAGGAGAUGAAGCAGGAAUUUCUGAGGCACCACAGAUUAAUUUCAGUCAAGCUUAUAUGGCUCAGAUGGAAAAUGUUAGAGAUGACAUUGCUGGACAAAUGUGGCUUAAUUAUAACAAUAAUGUUUAG